GGUUCGUCGAGCCAAGCUAUGUGUAGCCGCCUCGGCCAUCCUUAAGUCAUUAACUCCUAACAAGAUUACACUGAACUAUUUGUUCUCUCCUUGGUGUUCACUAUUUAGCAAUAAACUGACUUGAUGCACUAUAUUCCACAUGUCAGACUUGUUUAUAGCCGUCGGGACUGGUGACGUGGGCAGCACCUCUCCGUGAUGAAUUUGGCAACUCGCAGAUCAAGUCCAGCAGAGACGCUGGUCAAUAGUGGUCGUGGCCGCGGCGGUGAACGGGUCUCGCCAGCCACGCUCACAAACUUAUUCAGGCACCACUACCAUGUUGCCCUGAGUCUCAGUGUCGCGGAACCUCCGGCAUGAGGCAUGAGGCGAUGGAGAGACUCGCAAGGUGAUAACUGUCGAGUCUGAUGUAGGCGGCUGGCGAGAAGCGACGGCAGUUCGGGCCAGUGCAGCGGCGUGAGCAUGUUCGGGUCAGGGGGCCACCUUGCGUUCAGUCAUGUCUCUCAGCUGCAGGCAAGAUACUUCCCGCUAAGGGGAUGCAACAUGGGGAGCCUGCAGGACCCCAGGAAGGAGGAUGCAACAGGAUCGGAAAAACCUGGAUAUUCUUGCUACCGUCUGCAGGCCGCCGCCACCGCCGCAGCCCCGGGCACUAGGUCAUCCUCGCCUCCCCACGCCCGCGACCUGUACGGCGUAGUGCGGGAGGCGUGUGCCCAGCAGAACGUGAAGUGGCCUGUGGAAUGUCAGGUUAUUGAGGAGAAGGUGCGUCACUUGGAGGACUGGCCUGUGUAUCCUGAGGAAUUCUAUGAGCCAACGGGCACCGAGCUGCGUCCUCAGCCUGUCGGUGACGAGAUGGGGCGCGUCGUGUACCAGUACUACCCCACCAGCUCCGUCAACUACUUCUCUCGUUCGUGUGUCGGCGGGAACAAAUACUUGAACGAGGACGUCCGCCCGCCACUGGAGGACGAGAACGAUACCACUCUGCAAUUCGAGUCCCGCUUCGAGUGUGGUAACUUGGGCAAGGCCGUGCAGGUGUCCGAGUGCUACUACGAGCUACAUCUGCGGGCGGACAUGUACACCUCGAGACAUACCCAGUGGUUCUACUUCGCCGUGUCCAACACCAGGAAGGACAUUACUUACAGGUUUUCAAUUGUGAACCUAACGAAGGGCGACAGUCUCUACAAUCACGGGAUGCGACCGCUCAUGUACUCUCGCAAAGAAGGAGACCUGCACGGAGUUGGCUGGCGGCGGUGUGCUACUAACAUCGUCUACUUCAAGAACCACGACAGCAACGACGCUACCUGCUAUGAUAGUGAUGACGAUGGGGAGGACGACGCACCUUCUUACACGCUCAGCUUCAACGUGACCUUCCCCCACGACCACGACACGGUGCACCUGGCUCACUGCUACCCCUACUCUUUCUCAGACCUGCAGGAACACCUCCUCACCAUACAGAACGACCCUUUUAAGGCCAGCGUGUGUCGCCAGCGUGUGCUGUGUCGUUCACUAGCAGGCAACCCCGUCUAUCUUUUAACCAUCACAAGCCACGACAACGACGAUGACUCGAAGAAAAAGAGGGCGGUGGUGCUGUCAGCUCGAGUCCAUCCCGGCGAGACUCCUUCUUCUUGGAUUUUGAAAGGCGUUCUCGACUUCCUCACCGCCGACCACCCCAAGGCACAUGAGCUACGGAGUCAGUUCAUCUUCAAGAUCAUCCCGAUGCUGAACCCUGAUGGUGUGAUAGUGGGCAACCACCGCUGUUCGCUAGUCGGGCGUGAUCUGAACCGCCAGUAUAAGAUGGUGGUGAAAGAGAUGUUCCCCGCCAUCUGGCACACCAAGGCUAUGGUCAGGAGGUUGAUAGACGAGUAUGGCGUGGUGAUGUACGGCGACUUCCACGCUCACUCCCGCAAACACAACAUCUUCAUCUAUGGCUGCGAGAACCGUCGCAACCAAGACAACCACCUCAGGGAGCAGAUUUUCCCCCUGCUGCUGCAUUACAACGGCGGGGACAAGUUCAGUUUCCGGAGCUGCAAAUUUAAAGUGCACCGCUGUAAGGAAGGCACGGCGCGAGUGGUGGUAUGGAUGAUGGGCGUGCUGCACUCCUACACAAUGGAGGCGUCUUUCGGCGGUGCCUCUGAGGGCCCGCGCGCCGGCACGCACUACAACAUCCAUGACUUCACCUCGAUGGGCCGCCAGUUUUGCGAGACGCUUUUUGAGUACUUCGACCCGCAGCCUAUCAAGGUCUGAUGCAAACCUUUCCUCCUCACUGUAAUAACUCAAUAUAGUGAAACUUUUAA